AUGGUGGAAUGUUAUUACAAGGAGAAAUUGGAAUGCGACUGGAUGUUCCAUGCAGCUCCCAAGACUUCCAAUGUGAAGGGUCACUUAUUCCUCAAGGCCUAUAACGGGGAACAUAAAUGUUGUGCUGGUUAUAGUGAUGGAACAAAGGCCGAUCCGAAUCCAAACAAGAAAGCCAGGGAUAUUGUUAGAGAACUCAAAAGUGAUUAUGGGUUGGAAGUGAGCUACGAUCAGGCGCAUGCCGGGAAAGAAUUAUGUUUCAAGGAAUUGUAUGACGAGGACAUUAAAUCAUACACUGACUUGAGAUGGUGGUGUGAAGCCGUGAAGAAACACGAUCCAGGUAGUAGGGCUGAUUUAGUUGUUGAAGGUGGCGAGUUUAAGAGAAUAUUUCCUCUGGCAUAUGGUAUCGUAUCAGCUGAAACUGUUGAGAAUUGGCAUUGGUUCUUGAAGAAACUAGAAUCUAUCUUGGGUCCUCGUGUACUAACUUUUAUUUCGGAUCGCCAUGAGGGUUUGAUCCAAGGGAUUCGUGAUGUUUUCCCAACUUUCUAUCAUGCUUGGUGUUACCAGCAUUUGAAGAAUAAUGUCCGCCGUAAGACCAACAAGAAAAAGGGAGAGCAUUGUGCUGCGAUGGGUUUGUUCAAAGAAUGUUUCUAUUCAUUGACUCAUCAAGGCUUUGAUCAGGGUAUGCAAAAGUUGAAGGAUAUGGGAUGUGAUGGUCUUCACAAAUUCUUGAGUGAGAUUCCAGUGGAAUGUUGGUCCAAUGCACAUUGUCUGGGCUGUCGUUACGACGAUAUGUGUUCAAACAUUGCAGAGUCCUUCAACUCUUGGAUCAAGGAAGCAAAAGGUAUGCCUAUUGCAACACUUGUUAACUGGAUCAAACUUAAAAUUAUGGAACAGAUGAGUACAAGGAAGAGGAAGGGGGCGACGUAUAAAGGAUUCAUUUGUCCCAGGCUAGAGAAAAAAGUGUUGGCUUCCAUUCGCGCUGGUGUCCAGUGGAGAAUAACCAAGUAUGGUGACAUGGAGUGGGAAGUUUUUGAUGGAAAGCACACGCAUGCUGUUAAUAUUGCGAGGUUUCAGUGCAGUUGUAGGGUUUGGUUUACUGAGAAGUUCCCUUGUGACCACGGUAUUGCGUGUAUGCAUUCAAAUAACAUCAAUGUUUACGAGUACAUUAAUCCGUAUUUCAGCAUUGCUAGCUUCCGUGCUUCGUAUGAUCGUCCUAUCAAGCCCAUUCCUGAUUACGACAAGCCUAUUGAUGUUGCUACUGGAGAUCUCGUGAACCCACCAACUGUCGUAGGAAAAAAACAUGGUAGAUCGAAGAAGAAGCGGAUUCCUAACACAGGUAGUGCAAGUUUCAAGAGACCAAUUACGUGCGGUAACUGCCAUACUUAG